CCAGGUCUCGGAUUAGCUCAAGUGCUUGCUGCUGCCAUGGUAGCUAUUUAUUACAACGUAAUCAUUUCAUGGACGUUGUUCUAUUUCUUCGAUUCUUUUCGUUCUCAAGUGCCUUGGAAAUUCUGUCACUACUGGUUCAAUACAGAAAGUUGUUUUGCAGAUCAAGAUUGGUCAGCUUGUAAAGCAGCAGACCCAAACAAUACAUUUUCCAACCGUACUUGCUUCAACGCCACCUAUUCAGCUCUGCACAAUUUAACAGACAUCUCUGUAAAUAAUAGCGUUUCUGCUCCAGAAGAAUAUUUCAAUCUUUAUAUGUUGGGAAAAUCUGAAGGAUUUCACGACAUAGGAACAGUUAGAUGGCAGCUGUUAUUAUCCCUUCUUGUAGCAUGGGUUGUUGUAGCAGCUUGUUUGAUCAAAGGAAUUAAAACCUCAGGACGGGUAAUUUAUUUUACUGCCACAUUUCCUUAUCUGAUUCUUCUCAUCCUAUUUAUACGUGGAAUAACACUAGAUGGCGCUAUUGAAGGACUGAAGUUUUACAUAAUUCCAGAUUUUAGCAAACUCAGUAGUAUUGGGGUGUGGGAGGACGCUGCAAUACAAGUUUUCUAUUCCUUCAGCAUCGCGGGUGGUGGCAUGAUUACCUACGCUAGUUAUAACAAGUUUACAAACAACCUAGUAAGGGAUGCCCUUAUUAUUGGUAUUGGCGACAUGUUAACCAGUAUCUUCAGUGGAAUGGUUGUUUUCUCAAUCCUUGGUUUCAUGGCUCGUCAGCUGAAUAAAUCGGUAGCAGAUGUAGUUGAAUCUGGUACCGGUUUAGCCUUUAUUGUGUAUCCCGAUGGUAUAGCCCGAAUGCCAGUUUCUAUUUUGUGGGCUCUGUUGUUCUUUUUUAUGCUAUUUUUGUUGGGAAUAGAUAGCCAGUUUGCGAUGGUGGAAACAGUAAUCACAUUCGUCUUCGAUCAAUUCCCAAAGACCAGAGCCUUUAAGCCUACCGUUGUGAUUGUAAUCUCAAUAGUUUUAUUCCUGUGUGGUCUUCCUUUAACAACAAAUGGUGGUGUUUAUAUUCUGGAGGUUAUUGAUGCCUAUGCAGCUGGUUGGCCGUACAUGUUUAUUGGUUUAUUAGAAUGUUUAGUUGUUGCUUAUGUUUAUGGUGUUGAAAAUUUCUUAAAUGACUUGAAACAAAUGACAGGUUGGUGCCCUGGCCUGUGGGUUAGAACACAUUUGAUGACAGUAAUUAUGACAGUGUCUCCUAUACUCAUCUGUGUAAGUAUGUUAGUUAAGUGCAUUAUGCUCUUGUGA